CCAACAGCCCUAGCUCUGACUCGACCCCUAGUCUGGGAACUUCCAUAUGCUGCAGGUGUGGCCCUAAAAGGAAAAAACAAACACACAAACAAAACCCCUCCUAUACCCUGGCCCCUUCUUUACUUCUUUGGAGCAGUUCUUUGAAGCUGUCUGAGAGGCUGUCACCCAGGCUGUAGUCCUCAGUAAGCUCCCCGAAUAAAACUUGUAGGUCAUACAGUUUUCUUCAGCCAGCAACUCCCUGGGCUGAUAUCCAGGGUGACUAUGUAACUGGUCUGGGGUCCCACAUUCAGAGGGGGAGUUAGCUUUGAACCCAGAGGCCUGAUCUUUCUCUCUCCCUGGGCUACUGGACCUGUGCCCUGCCAGGCCAUUCAAGUGAGGACAGCGAAUGCAGAGCCACCUCUUCUGCCUGCAUCUCCCUCAGUGAUGCCUGCUGGGAAACCACCUCCUGCAUGGUGUGGGCUCUGCCAGUGUUCUCAGUCUGGACUAGCCGCAUUGCAAGGGCUGAUAGGCACUGGUGGGGAGCCAGCAGCAACCCUAGUGGAGAGCUCUGUCCAGACCUUGCCCCAAGGGUCAGGUGGUUGGCCACGUGCUUCCAGGCAGCGCCCUCUGCUGGGGGCUGGCAGUUGCUGCCUGUCCAGGCAAAGGGCCUUCCACUGCCCCCCCUCCACCGGGUGUGGGUUCUCCUUAGUCCCCACUGCUCACAGGAGAGCUGGGAGGCUCCGCUGAGGGACCCAGAGGUCUCGGGGCUGGAGCCAGAGGUCACUGGUGUUGACCAAUGCACCAGAGAGUAUUAACGUCCACUUCUUUGCCUGGCUUAGUUGGACAGGCUCACACUCACACAUGUACCUGAGGCUGUCCCAUGCCUGCUACAGACUGCGGCCAGAGCAGUUUAAGGUCUGGCUCUGCCCUCAAGGCACAAUUGCUUGGCAUUCUCCCUUCGAAUUGUCCCCAACGCCUGGAGGUUUCACAGUCGAGGAGAGCUGUCUGACCUGCCCCGCAGGGCCAGCCAGAGGUCCCCUGUGCGCGCCUGCGGCUGCUUCUCACCACCACAAGGGGGCACAGUAGCAAGUCACUGUCUCCUAGCCCUGUGGGGAGGCUGGGGUGGUCCCUGAGCCGGGAUGGACGUGGUGGACAAUCAGGUUGCCUGGUGGGGAGGGGGCGGGUCAGGGGGAGGGAGAAAUCCUGUUAAAGCUUGGCCUUCUCUAUCAGCCCGCAGCCCACACACCCCGAACUCCUACGCCCCUGGUGGGGACUGUCCCUAGUUGUAACCUGGUAAGGGGUACACAGGCCACCUCUGUUUUUCAGUCCCAACCCUCUCUGGAUUCCAGGACUCUAGCCCACAAGUGGGGUGGGGCAUAUCCUUUUCUCAGAAACCCAGCAGCAUUUAAACUUUCUGGGUAUCCCUCCCUGGCCGCGAGGACUUUUAUCUGAACUAGGAGGGGGCAUACCUGGCCUUCUCAUCUGCUUCCAUUCCGGGUCGCCCCUGAGUAUAAGAAUUGGGCAAUAAAAAGCCCGGAGCUGGCCUCCACUGCCAUACCUGGAUUGGAAAGAAGCAGGUUAUAAAAGAGAGGGAAGUCUUGGCUUAUCAGUUCAAAAAUACCCUUUGGGCGGCCACCCCAGGCAUAUUUCUCGCCUUCCCGCAUGAGGGCGACUUUCUGUACCAGAUUUUCGCCCACUCCAACUCUAGCUCCUUUGAACUAGAGUCAACGCCUCGGACGUUGAGCCCACGGACCCCACUGGUGCUUCUCCUUGGUCUGGGUGACACCCUCGGGUCCAGCUAUGUCCUCUUCAUACGCAGACAUAGGCCUGCUUGUGUUCCCAGGAUCCUCUUUACCUGCUUGGGUAGACGGGUUGGGGAGGGGAAACCAGCAUUGGAGGUUGGGGUUUUGGGGAGAGGUCUGGAAACAGUAGGCGUGAUGCAGAAAUGUGGAGUAUAGGAUGGGUUUAGGGAGACGGGAAGGGGUCUAGGACUGCGCGCAGAGGAAUGCCCUUAUUUGGAGGCGCCAAAGGGGGCGGACCAGCCAUCAGGAUUUUGCACCGCCGCCAGCGCAGCCAGGGCGGAGGAAUUAGGGUUGCCAGGGACAACGCGUUCCGGGCGGAGCCGCUAUUGGGGUGGAGCUUGAGGGUUGUGGGCGGAGCCCGGGGAGGCCGGAGUGGGCGGGGCUUAGCCUUAAGCGGAGUUGUGAUUGGAGGAGACCACAUGCUCUGGGCGGGGCCUUAGAACUGGGCGGGGCUGUGCUGUAUUGGGGCGGAGCUUAAAGAUGGGUGGGACCAAGCGGGGGCAGGCUCGGAGAGCUGGAGCUGGAGGCGGAGACGUGGUUGGCGGGGACAGAGCGCCCUGGGAGGGGUCGGAGCCGGCGGGGGCGGAGCCGAGCGGGCGGGGGCGGUGCUGGGUCGCGCCGGGCCUGGGGCCGAGGCGGCGCGCGGCGCUGACAGCUGAGUCGGCUCGCGGCCUCCCGCCCCCUCUGUGCCCGGCCGCGACCCUGGCCUGGCCUGUCCCGGAGCCAUGAGCCCCGGGCUGCUGAUGCUGCUCGGCAGCGCCGUCCUGGUCGUCUUCGGCCUCUGCUGCACCUUCGUGCACCGCGCUCGCAGCCGCUAUGAGCACAUCCCCGGGCCGCCGCGGCCCAGUUUCCUUCUAGGACACCUCCCCUACUUUUGGAAAAAGGACGAGGUUUGUGGCCGCGUGCUCCAAGAUGUGUUUUUGGAUUGGGCCAAGAAGUAUGGACCCGUCGUGCGGGUCAACGUCUUCCACAAAACCUCGGUCAUCGUCACGAGCCCCGAGUCGGUCAAGAGGUUCCUGAUGUCCACCAAAUACAACAAGGACUCCAAGAUGUACCACGCGAUCCAGACUGUGUUUGGUGAGAGGCUGUUUGGCCAAGGCUUGGUGUCCGAGUGUGACUAUGAGCGCUGGCACAAACAGCGGAGAGUCAUGGACCUGGCCUUCAGCCGGAGCUCCUUGGUCAGCCUGAUGGGGAUCUUCAAUGAGAAAGCGGAGCAGCUGGUGGAGAUUCUGGAAGCCCAGGCGGAUGGGCAGACCCCCGUGUCCAUGCAGGACAUGCUCACCUGCACCACCAUGGACAUUCUGGCCAAGGCAGCUUUUGGAAUCGAGACCAGCAUGCUCCUGGGGGCCCAGAAGCCUCUGUCCCGGAAAGUGAAACUGAUCCUGGAGGGUAUCAGCUCAUCUCGAAACACUCUGGCGAAGUUUAUGCCAGGCAAGUGGAAGCAGCUUCGCGAGAUCCGGGAGAGCGUCCGCUUCCUGCGCCAGGUCGGCAAGGACUGGGUCCAGCGGCGCCGGGAGGCCCUGCAGAGGGGGGAGGACGUCCCCGCCGACAUCCUCACUCAGAUUCUCAAAGCUGAAGAAGGGGCCCAGGACGACGAGAUCCUGCUGGACAACUUCGUCACCUUCUUCAUCGCGGGUCACGAGACCUCUGCCAAUCACCUGGCCUUCACGGUGAUGGAGCUGUCACGCCAGCCGGAGAUCUUGGCGAGGCUGCAGGCCGAAGUGGACGAGGUCAUCGGCUCCAAGAGGCACCUUGACUGCGAGGACCUGGGGAGACUGCAGUACCUGUCCCAGGUCCUCAAAGAGUCGCUGAGGCUGUACCCGCCAGCGUGGGGCACCUUCCGUCUGCUGGAGGAGGAGACUUUGAUCGACGGGGUCCGCGUCCCUGGCAACACCCCGCUCCUGUUCAGCACCUACGUCAUGGGGCGGAUGGACACGUACUUUGAGGACCCGCUGACUUUCAACCCGGAUCGCUUCAGUCCCAAAGCACCCAAGCCCAAGUUUACCUACUUCCCCUUCUCCCUGGGGCCCCGCUCCUGCAUCGGGCAGCAGUUUGCUCAGAUGGAGGUGAAGGUGGUCAUGGCCAAGCUGCUGCAGAGGCUCGAGUUCCGGCUGGUGCCCGGGCAGAGUUUCGGGCUGCAGGAGCAGGUCACGCUCAAGCCGCUGGACCCCGUGCUGUGUACCCUGCAGCCCCGGGGCUGGCAGCCCGCCCCCCCGCCCCCACCCUGCUGAGGGGCUGAGGGCAGGACCAGACUCCUCAGCCAGGGCUGCGCCCACCCUGCUCCCUGCCCUCUUCCCCUGGAGCACCCUCCACGCCAGCUCCUAGGGGGCCCUCUGCCCACCACCGCCUGCUCCACACCCCUCGGACCUCCUCGUCCCCUCUGCUAACUCUGCCGCCCUUCCUGGAGCAGCCCCUGCCUAACUCCCAGCUGCCAUCUAGAUGUGCCAUUGUCUCCCCCAACCUCUUUGCGUAGGCCACUCCCUCUGCCAGACACCCUAACUCUUGCUCACUCCCUAAAGCCCUCUUCAGGUGUCGCCUCCUCCAGGAAGCCCUCCCUGCCACCCCCGGCCGGGCCAGGGGCCCCUCCUCUGUGCUCCCUUGGUCACCUGUGCUACCUCUAACACCACACUGACCACACUGUAUCGUGAGUGUCCUUUGACGUGACCUACUGCCCUGCCAGGCUAUGAGUGCCUCGAGGGUGGGGUCUGCGUGUGAUUCAUCUCUGAGCCCCCCGUGCCCACCCAGGGCCCGGCACAGAGUCGAUGCUCAAUAAAUAAAUAAGUGUUGACUGCGUGAAUGUACAGGCAGACCAA